GCAUAAAAAGCGCAAAGAAGAUCUUUUCAAACAUCUUCGCUUGCAACAUCAAACAAGUGACGCAACAUUUGGAAAUACUAAACUUUUCUCUGCAAAAGAGUUGGAGAAAGCCACCAACAACUUCAAUGAAAACCGCAUUUGUGGACGAGGAGGUGAAGGGGUUGUGUACAAAGGUAUGUUAUCCGAUGGCACAAUUGUGGCAAUAAAGAAAUUAAAUAAGGUUAAUGAAAAUCAAGUUGAGCAAUUCAUAAACGAGAUUGUGAUAUUAUCACAAAUCAAUCAUAGGAAUGUGGUGAGAUUGUUUGGAUGUUGUCUGGCCACAGAGAGUCCUCAACUUGUUUAUGAGUUUUUACCAAAUGGAACCUUAUUUGAUUUCAUUCAUGAGCCAAAAAUCGAAUUUCCACCUACAUGGAGCAUGCGUAUGAAAAUAGCUACAGAUGUAGCAGGGGCAUUGGCAUACAUACACUCUUCAUCUUCAAUACCCAUAUAUCAUAGAGACAUCAAGUCCGAUAAUAUCCUUUUAGAUGAAAAGUAUGUUGUCAAAGUAGUAGAUUUUGGACUUUCCAAACUUGUCCAAGUAGAUCAGACGCAUUUAACCACAAUGGUUAAAGGGACAUGGGGAUAUAUAGCUCCAGAAUAUGCCAUUACUGGUCGUUAUACGGAAAAGAGCGAUGUCUACAGCUUUGGAGUAGUUCUUCUUGAACUUCUAACCGGAAAACGAACAAUUUGUAAUGAAAGAGAUGAAAGACACCUAGUUCCACAUUUUCUAGUGCACAUGGAAGCCGACAACCUUGACGCCAUUUUAGAUGCUCAUGUUUAUGUGGAAGCUGCAAAGGAAGAGGUGCUUGCAUUUGGAAGAAUUGCAAGAAGAUGUGUGAAUGCUGGACAGAAAUUUAGGCCAACCAUGAAGGAAGUAGCCUCAGAAUUGGAAAGGUUGAAGAUAUCUGUCACGAAUGCCGUGGUCUGUUCCGAUGGUGAGGAUGAAUUGAGUUGUUCCGAUGGUGAUGGUGAAGAUGAGGUAGUUGAGCUAAAUAACCGACACCGAAUAAUCGAACCAAUUCAAAUCGAAAUUUCGAGGGAUGAUUCAAGUUUUGGUGUUUUUCGGUUUCUUGAACUUGAUGGGAAUGAGGGGAAUUCUGACUGAACAUUUCCUUACAGAUGAAUUGAGUUAGUCACGUGUGGAAUUUAUUUUGCCAACAAGUGGAGGGUACACGUGGGUGGCUCAAGAAACCCACAAUUUUUAUCUAUUUAAAUAUUUUAAUUUCAUGCUUAAUUAGUGUUUGAGUUAAGUCGGUUGACCUAUAAUUAAAAAAGUUCGCAAUUUUCUCCUAUAAAAUCCGUGAAAAUUUCAAAUCCGUGUAAUUCAGGACAAAUCCAAGAUACAAUUUUUUUUUCGCUUAUAAGACACUAGUAAUGAUUUUAGGGUUUAAUUAAUUAGGGUUUCUGCAUUGAUGGCCCUACUAGUCAAAAUUAAUUUCACAAGAAAAUGGACAAUGAUUGCUUUUGCAUAUCAAUAACAAAAAUGAGAGAAAAAUGAAAUUAGCCUAAUCUGUUCAAGACUGCAUAGGUAUGAAUGUGGGGUUAUAGUUGAAUUUAUGAGCUGUAAAAAUGGGCCAAAAUGGGCCAAUUUUGGCCUAUUUUGACAACUCUAGUAGAGCUGUCAAAAUUUUUACAGCUCUUAUUAUGACUUGUUUUCAAUUCAUUGACAUUAAUUACUAUCUAAAGUCAAUAGAUGAAUUUUUAUUACUAGACUAACACAUCCCCAAAGGGACACCAAGCGGUGCGACGUUCUGUAUGUGAACAGUGAGGUCCCGGAUUCAAACCCCACUGCUUCCCCUCCCCAACUCCCCCAAGUCAAAAAAAAAUUUACUAGACUAACACAAAUUUAAUUUAAGUCUUGAUAAAUUGUAAUAUACCAUUUCAGAGUUUUGAAUAUUUAUGAUCAUUUGGUACCACUCAAAUUAUUUACCUUAAUUGUGCUUGUUGGUAUACAAAUUGAAUAUUUAUGAUCAUUUGGUACCACUCAAAGUAUUUACCUUAUUUGUGCUUGUUGGUAUACAAAUUAUUUAAGAUAUGUAAUGUGUGAAAUUUAACAUAGUAAUCAUCAUAUUUUAAAAUGUAACUGGUACCAAACUAUUCAAGAAUUUGAUGUUAACUUUUACCAUAUUCAUGAUAAAAGUAAUUACAAAAUUCUUCACGCCAUGUGCCAGUAACAAUAGGGGUUGUAGGAGAAAGUUACAGUAACGGUAACAAUAGCCAGUUACCUGUGGUGAAAAUUUUAGGUAGCUAGGUGAACUGAAGCUCUUACUAUUUUGGUAUGAUAAAGAUUACCUUACUUUUAAAUUUUAAUCACUUCAAUAGAUAUUUAAGAUUUUGGCUUCACGCCAUGUCCUAUUGUUACUGUUAAGUGUUAAAUAUCUAAUUAAUAUUUAAAUGUCCUCUUCGGCAUUUCUACAAACACUUGAUGGGCGUCCCCUUAAUUUUGGUUAUUUGGCUUAGUAAAUUCAACAAGCACUUCUUCUGCAAGUCUGCAACUAUAGCUCCACUCGUAUUGGAUAUCAAACCAAUUAAUUUAGGAAUUUUUCAAAUCUAUCAAAACAUAUAAAGUGAUUGAUCCAUACCCAACUUAGUUUGAAAAUUCCCACCAUUGAUUAAUAGCAAUCCAUGUGCGAAUAUUGAAUGCAAUUUCAGCUCCCAACUUUGAAAAAAAAAAAAAAAAUUGGCCAUUGCGAAUUUCAUGGCAACUUUUACUAUAAUGAUGAUAAAGCCCUGCCCCUUUCCCUUUGUAAUUCCAAUCCUUGCAAAUCUCGAAAACAACAAAGCUAAUUCUUCAAAUACUAUUUGACGCAAUACUCUAAGAAUGCAGAGGUAUGGGCAGUGGCGGAGCCAGGAAUUAAUUUGGGAGGGGGCUGAACUUACACGGGGGUUCGGGGGCGGUAGCCGCCGAGAAUUUAUUUUUGGACAUUCCGAAUAUUUAAAGCAUUAUUUUAUUAAAAGACAAGGAUAAUAGCAAUAAUAAAGAACAACAUUUUCAUAGAUUAUAUAAUUUAAAUAUAUAACAAAUUAGUUUCAAUACAUUACAAUUUUUUUGGGGACAUUCUGUAUUUUUAAAGCAUUUUUUAUUAAAAGACGAGCAUAAUAGUAAUUAUAAAGAACUACAUUUUCAUAUACUAUAUAGUUUUAAUAUACUACAAAUUAAUUUCAAUACAUUACAAACUUUUUUUUUUUGUCAUUUCGUACAUUUUAGGCAUUUUUUAUUAAUAGACAAGCAUAAUAACAAUAAUAACGAAUAAUAUUUUCAUAAAUUAUAUAUUUUCAAUAAAUUACAAGGUAGAAUCAAUAAUAAUAAAAGACAAGCAUAGUAAUAAUAGCAAACUAAUUUUUUUUGGGCAUUCCAUCCAUUUUAGGCAUUUUCUAUUAAAAGACAAGCAUAAUAGUGAUAAUAAUGUAUAACAUUUUUAUAGAUUAUAUAGUUUUAAAUAACACAAUUAUCCUUAAAUUAAUUAUAAAUGGAAGAAUAUAACAAGCUAAUCAACUUUUGUAAAACAAAUUUCUUUUAUAAUAUAAACAUAUAUCUAUAUAUUAAAAAAAAACUCAAAAUUAGUAGGGGGCUUCAGCCCCCCCUAGCCCCCCUGGCUACGCCCCUGGGCAUGGGGUGUUAGUUGCACGAAGCUAUCACAUUUACCCAACUUCUGCAACGUAGUAAUUCAUGCUUAAUUUUCAAUAAUUCAAUGCCCAUAACUAUUUGCCUACAUUUUUUUAGGAAAUUUCUUCUUAAGGAAACUGACUUGUUUUCAAUUCAUGGACAUUUUUAAGUAUCUAAAGUGAAUAGCUGAAUUUUUAUUUCUAAAUCAAGACAGGUUGAAUUUUGUUAAAUGUGUGAGUGCAAAAGUGUAGAGAGCAUGAAAGGAGAGUGAGCUACUGCCGUUUAUUUCUUGGAAGAAAAGUUACUUACAAAACAACACUCUGAGGCUAUUUAUAGAUGAUAGCACAGAGGU